UGUCACGGUGCGCGCCUUGUUCCAUGUGUUUUAAACCAUGAACAAAUACCAUUGAAAAGGCAACAACAACCAACCCAAAAAAAAUCAGUUCUUUUCUUUUCAUUUCUUUGCUUCUGUAACAAAACACAACUAAAAUUUGUACGAAUUUUUUUUUUCUGUUUAAAAAAUAGACUAUAUUUGUGCAAAAUAAAUAACACCGUCCACACAAAGUGAAUGAAUACACUCGAGAGAGAGAAAGAAAAGGAAAUAUAUUAAUAAAUACCAUAGCAGAAUCUCGUCAAUUGAAAUUGAAUCGUUUGAAUGGAGGACACAAAAACGAAACGGAUGAUUGAUAAUAAUAAAAAAAAAUAUGUAUAAAGUUCUGUUUAUUUUUCUGAGCCUUAAAUAAACUACCGUGAUGACUCAGUGGUCGCGCACUAUCCAUUCGGGUCUCGAGUGAAUUGACUUUUGCAUGAUUUUGACACUCUUUUUUUCUCUCUCCAUCCCUCGAAUCCAAUCGGAAUUGACCAACCGAGAAAACGACCACGUCAACAACGACUAUUCUAUUUUUCUAUAUAAAACAGUUCCAGUGCAGAAAAAAAAUGUUGUGGAUGUGAAAUGUAUAAAAAUUGUGAUAGAUUUGUGAAGACUCGUCGAAAAUCGCUAGUGAAAUUUCGGACACAACGAUAACGACGAGGCAAAUCGACAUUAUAGAUUGGGUUGUGAUUGCAUCAAAGGUCAUUGAAUGCGAACGAAUCUAUAUUGCGAUGAACCGAAACGUCGUGAUUACAUCGUGUGAAGCAUAACACAUUUGAAUCGACAUUUCAAUAAAACAAAAAAAGAAGAAGAAGAAGAAAAACGAGAGAAAAAAAUGAAACCUUAAACCGUAGUUGAGACACACGAAAAUAAAAUUGAUAGGAAAUCGUCGUCCAAAGCAAGUAUAUACAUUGAAAAUUGAUUUGUGUGUUUGUUGCAUUAAAACAAUAGAACAUCAACAACAUAUACAGUGAGGCACACACGCUAAAACACAGUCUCUAGCGCAAAUAUAUAUUCAAGCAAACAUUUCAAACGAAUCAAUAAAAUUUGAUUAAAUGUGUUGUCCGUUUGAUGUGAGAAAAAGUACAUAACUUCUCAUAUACACGAACAGCAAAAAUCCACCACCAACACCACUGUCGUCGUCGUCGUUGCCGCACAACAUCAAGCGCGCGCGGAGCACGGUGCAAAAAAAAUCGACGAAAAACAAAGCAUUUAUUGAGAGACGGAAAACCACACACAAAGGAUAAAUAUCAUAUAUGAAAAAAAGAACACAUGUAAUGGAAUGGAAACACUUUCCAUCGCAAAAAUUUUUCCAGUCGAUGGGCAUAGAGAGUACAACGAAUUUUAACUGAACAAGUGUAAGUGAAUGGUGACGGAAGACUCAAAGGAUUCAAUACGUGUUAAAAUUAAUGAAAACAAUAUCAUAAUAGCAGAAGGGAAAAUAAUAUCAUUCGGACAGCACGAUUUGAAAGGGAAAGUGGCUUUGGAACACAUCUGAUUUGUAAUGAGUUUGUGUGUUGGCUAACGGGAUAAUUAUGUAAUUCAAUGGAAGGGGGAGAAAAACAAUAGCAUAGCGAUAAGAUUGAUAAAAACCGUUCACCGUCAAGUCAAUAAAAAAAAAUAGACACACACGAAACAGCAGCAGAAGCCGUUGCUGAGGGUGCUCAAGACGGAAGAUAAGAGAGAGCGAAAAAACGCGUUGAGGGAUCAGUGGACACCAGAGACCGACACUCAAACACACACACACAAACGUUGAUUUUGUGUUGGUGUGCACUUUUACCACUUACACACAUACACGGUGCGCCUCCUCGCACAUGUCGCGUUGGAGUGGUUCAUGAGCAAAAACAAAUUCACAUGCUGAUUCUCCAAAGUGAGACGACCGAUAACUACGGCCACGGCGACAACAAAAAGAAAAAACACUUGUUUUCACACUGUAAGUCUGUUUGGCGUGCGGUGCGUAUCGAAAUGGUGAUGUACAAUACACAUUUGUAUGAGUGAACAACGCGAACUUUUGUGACUUUUUCCGAAUUACUCUACCUGUUUCCAUUUCAAUAAAAACUCUUACUCGGUGUGUUCUUACUUUCGUGUCGGGUGUUACCUCGUUGAUUUCGGUAACGCACAAAAAAAAUUACAUGGAUAAUAGACGAGUCAAAUAUCGCAUGUAACAGACACUGUCUGUUGUGCACAUCGUGUAGAAUGGUUCGCAUCACAUCCCUUGAGUCAAUUUCCAUCCAAAUCCCCGACCAAAAGCGAACCGGAUAAAUGAAUAGUCAGCAUGAUAUAUAGAAUUUCAUGCCUUUUCCAACUAAAAUAAAUCGAGAAUAAAAUUUGAAAUCCAAAAAAAAAAAAAAUUCGUUUUUGCAAUUAACUGUAAAAACGCCCCCAAAAAAACCCAAAGCCAAUUUAAAUCGAAGUAACGAGAGUGAGAAACGCACAGAUUAAUGAUAAUAAUAGUGGUGUGUAGUAAAUGUGAAAAAUAGAAACAAAAACCGAUAUUUGUGAAUGACUAGCACCAUGAUAAGUGGUAGUUCAGAGCAAUUGCUCGAACAACAACAGCAAGAAUUGCGAAAUCGAAAGUUAAAAGAAUUGGUGCCGAAAAAGAAAGCACCACAAGUGAAAAAGGUAUCGUGGCGUGAACGUGCCAAUUUUUAUGCCACAUCAACAUUGGCAUUUUUCUCGGUAACAGCCGGUGCAUCGUUGUUAUUUUUAGUGCCAUUGUAUGUUGAUCCGGCCAUAUCAACGCUUACAUCCGAUUUCAUUGAAAAUCCAACGUGGUGCACAACAACACGACGCGAAGAUGUCGUUGGUUUAAUGAAUUGUUCGUGGAGUUCAUGCCGUGAAGGAUGCACAUCCGAUUUAUAUCGUUGCACGCAUAUUUAUGUUACAUAUAUUGUUGAAACGAGCAAUGAAACAUUUUAUUCAAAUUUAUCGACAGCAAUAUCGAUGGCAAUCGAUAGUGAUAUGACAAUGGCCAGAAAUCUUAUGCAAAUUGCAUCACAUACAAUUAGCAAUAUCACCGAUGUCACACAUUCGGACGAAGCAAUUUUAUUGGUGAAUAUCAAAGGAUGCGGCUAUCCACCGAGUGUUAUGUGUAAGAAUUUUUCCGAUUUGUAUGGCGAAGAGGGUACAAUAUUUCCAUGCUAUUAUUCACGAACAAAUCGAACGCUUGUCAUGACCGCAUACAAUCAAUCGUCUCAAUGGUCAAUGAUUAUAAAUUUCUUUUUUGUGCCAUUCAUCAUCACCGUUGUCUCAUCGGUUGGCCUUUGUUUUAUGCAUUGUGAUUGUAGUUGCCAAAAAGAGCGGCCACGGCAACGACAACGCGAACGCGAACGAUCUGAACGUGAACGUAGCACCGGCGGUACGGCUGGUUGCGAUGAAAGACACUUUUGUCGUCGGCCCCGUUUGGAUAAUUUGAGUGAUUCAUCAAUAUCAACGCGCGUAGAUAUGCUAACACCUGCAGUUGAAGUGUAUAAACCGCCUCUCUGACAUAAGGACGAAACGGUCGAAAGUAAUUUAGGCAUCGUAGUACCAUCGACAAGCAGCGAACUAUAAAUUGCAAAUAUUUUCGGCAACUAAUCUAUAUAUAUAUUCAUGAAAUUCUCAUUCGAUACACACACACACACACAACCACUCAUUCAACUGAAUUCCAAAGCCCCCGCAUACCAACCAAAUUCCGUUCGGUUCAUGUGAUUUUGUAUAUUUCAUCGCGUCGGAUGGAUUAAAUUGGAUGACGCUUUUGGAUUGAUAUUAAGAUGAAAAUUCAUUUUUCCAGUUAUCGCUCUAUAGAGCGUCAGUUGCCGAUUUUCCGAACGAAUACAUUUUUUUUUGCUACAAGACUGAUCUGAAAGCAAACAGUUUUGGAGUAAACUUAAGCGAGCGAAAGCAAGUAUUUGGUUUUUGUUUCAUUUCUCUCGAGAGCUCACUCGUUCGAGCUUAAGUGGGCUUGAACAGAGUGUGAAUUUUAAGAAGCUAAAUCGUUUCGCGGGGUAAUUUUUUUUUGGAUAUCCAGCAAAAUUCAAUUAAACAUGGGAAAGUAACAUAAUCGCAUUAUACAUUUAGGUUUUAUAGGGUAAUAUAAGUAAGAAUUCCAACAUCCACGCAUUAUGAGCGCUUUCACUCACACCCACAUAAUCUUUAUCAAUCAAUGCCCAUUUUUGACAAAAGAGCGGAAGCAAUUAACCCUGAAUAAUAAAUUUAAAUUUUAACCCACAAAAAAAGGGCGAUACGAAAAAAACGGGCGAAUGAUUAUGUGCGCGACAUUUAUUAUUAGUUAAUUUCAUUUCACAAAUAAAACACCACAUUUUUACAAUACACACACACAUACAAAUAUAAAAUUAAAUGACACAACUAAAAGGCCAUGCGCACCCAUAAAUUUACUUUAAAAUAAAUUAGGUUUAAUGUUCAAAAGAAGAAGAAGAAAAAAAAAACAAUUUAACAGCAACAACAGAAAAACCAAAAAACUAAAUUUAUCACGGAAUCUAGUCUUUAAGCGAUAAACAACAUUAGCGAAGAGCAUUUAUUGUUUGUGUCAUAUACGUAUAUAGUCAGUGUGCGUGUGGCGACGACGAACUUCUUCACGUCAACACACCAAUUGCAUAUAAGCCAUAUAUAUUGAGCCAUAAAAGCGAAAGCUCUCUCGCUCUGCACCUAGAAGGGAAGCAAGCGACCGAAAAAUGGAACAGGAGGUGCUCUUUUAAAGAGAAAACGAUAAAGAACGUGUAUUGAAAAUGAGACAGUCGAGAGGAAGGAAAAUGGAAAGUGAGCGUGUACAAAAUAUGAGAGUAUGAGAAAACAAUGAAAGAGCUUGGCGGGGGCUCAACAAUGGAAUUAGCCAACAUUAAACAGCAAUUUAAACCAUUGAGCGUGCUCGAUGCAAAAAACAUUCAAUUCAGCUGUUUAAAGUUUUGUGAAAACUGAUUUUGUGCCGAUGGUUAUCGUCGUGGGGGAGGUCAUUCGUUCGUCGCUGACAAAAUUCGUUUCUUUUUUUCGCAUUUUGAAAUUGUUAUAACCAACAAGUUUCUACGCUAAUAGAAACCACACACACAUAAAAACACACAUUUUCCCCCCAAUACACGAGAAAAAGUUGUAAACAACAAAUUUGUUAUAAUAAAAUAGAUGCAAUUGGUUAAGUUUAUUGAUGAAAAAAAAAACAUGUUAGAUUGUGAAAAACAUUGUUUGGUGUGCUAUUGACAGGUAUAUAAAUAUAAUGAAUGUAUUUUAUUAUUGUUCACACAGCCAUUGGCUAAAGCGAUGAAAAGGCUGUUUGUUUGUAUUCGUUAUAAAUUUAGGUACAUUGUUGCCCAUUUUAAGCAGAUAUUUUUUUAAAAUAACGGACAUACACGGCAAAAACACACACACAUUUUUGUUGUUAAUUUCGUUAUUAUGAAACUAAAAAAAGGCAUUUUCUUAUGAAAAAAUUGUUCAAACAUUUAAAAUAGAUAACAAAUGGAACCGUUGGCAAAUUGAUAUACUAGACAGAUACACACAAAAAUCGAUUGAAACCAAAUUGUUCGGAAUAAAGAAAACAAAAACACCAAUCUCUGAUAUUGACGUUGAUAAAAUGAAUUGAUGUCGACAGUAAAAUGCAAUUCAAUUUUGUGUGUGCUGAGGCGACGGCGAAUUGCAUUUUGUUGAUGUUCGGAUAAACCGCCAAAUAUGAAUGAAGCGUAAUUAAACGGAAUUUAUAUCGCAUUUAUAUGAUAUUAUAAUAUAGAUGAUUCGUUUUUAUCGCAACAACUCUAUAUAUAUGGAAAUUAUAAUUUCAAAUGAAUUGAAAACCAAUUUUCCCUUAUCGAGAGACAAAUCACAUGGAAAAUUGCUUCAUAUACAGUCGUUCUCUCAUCAAAUUGCACUUCUCGUGGCACACACACAAAAAAACAACAAAAUCGAUACACACAUCAAUUCAAAUUUCAGAUUUAUAUACGGCAAUACUACACGGAUGGAUAGAGCGAUGUGUGUGUGUGUGUUUGUUUAAAUGCCAAAAUAUGGAUGAGUUUGCAUUAAUUAUUCAUAUCUCGGUGGCUAAUUUUCGUACAGAUUAUAUCCGUACACUCAAUCGAAUUUUCGAUUUGGAACUUAUGUCAUUGAAUUCAAUAGUUUUUGACGAACUUAUCGUGACGAUAAUAUAAUAAUGCAUGGUAUGGGAAUUGUUGUAAUAUAUUUUGAUUGCAUAUAGAAUUGUUUGUAUUUGAGAAACUUUUGAAACCAUUGGAAUUGUGGCAUGUAUGCCGAAAAUUAUAGUUAUUGACAACCAAACGGUUUCGGAAAUUAGCACAAAUUAUCGUGUUUUAGCAAAUAUACACACAAUUCACCUACGUACAGGGUAUUUCAAAGAUUUGUGGCAACACAAGAACGUCUCUUUUUGAAGACGGUGAAUCGCCAGAAAUAUCGCCUUUUUCAUCACCAUGGUUCAAUUGAAAGGAUAUUUUUCCAUCAUAGGUGUUGGCGCCAAAGAUUUGAUAAUGGAAAAAAUCUAAAAUCGAUUGACUAUUGAGAAAAGUCGAUAGAAUCUAGUGUAUGCAAUUAAAAAAGCAGUUUUGAUUCCACUCGGAAGAAAAUUAUGGGGAAGUGAGAAUUUUGGCCAAAAAACCCCAAAAAAGAUCUUGUCAUAUUGAUUCCUAUUCUCAUGGUCAGAUUUUUUUGAGGAGGUAGCAUUCGGUGGCUGUGUCAACAACUAUGUUUUUCAUGUUGAUCAAUUUUACUAGAUUUUAAACGAUCCAUCUAUUCGACAAGACAAAUGAAAACUUUGUAUUAAGAUUUCUAUGAUUGUAAGCGUGGUAAAAAUGUUCAAGACAUGUCGGAAUUAUUCAACUUUAAUUAAAGAAUUUUGUGGUAUAUUGUCAUGGAUUUUUGAAAGACCCUGGCUAACAGCAAUCUGCCCCAUAAUUUCAACUAAUAAAAAAUGUACAUUCAUCUCGCUCUUUUUCUGAAGCAGUAAAAUGGCGCUUAACCCAAAUGGUCAACCAAUUUAACUCCAAUACCACUUGUUUUGAACCUGAAUCAAACACUUUGUUUAUAAACACGUAACAUUUAGUUUUGGGUGACCGCAACAGCCACCACCCACCACACACACAAAAUAUGUCACGCGAUCCAUUAUUACUAGAUUUCCAUCGAACACGAUUUAAUGAAUUUCAAUUCAAUACACCCAUCAUAACAAACAAAUAUGUGCACGGCACACUGCGUCUAUUCACGGCCGUCUACAUAUGAAUGUUUGAUGAUGGGUUUUCAUUUAGUGCAUAUCAAUGAAAUGCAAUUUACAAUUUUCUCUUUUAAUUUUCACAUAUAUUGACCCUAUUUGCAAUAAGCAACUGUGUCCCGACACUCGUGGGCCAGUUUAUUUUUUUAAAUAAUAACAAAACAAAAAAAAUUAUAAAAUAUAUAUAUAGAAAACUGAUCAAAACGCACAGACAGAGUACCAAGUGUUAGAACCAAAACGAAACAAAAAACUUUCACUUUUGCUGAAUUUACACCUACACACAAAUGAUAAGUUUUCAUCCUUUUACACUAACUCGAAGUAGAAGCUAUUCUUUGUUUUGCGGUGUUUAUUCAAAAAAGUUUUUUUUCACGAUAUAUGUUUAAACAUUAACAUGCACAGUGAAUAAAAAAAAAUAUUAUUAAUAAUAUAAAAGCUUUGUUAGUUGCACGAAAACGUAAGAGAAAACCCAUCGACGACAAAAAAAUGAACAAGUUCGAUUUGAAACUUUUUUCUAUGUAAAUCAAAAACAAGGAUGGGGAGGGGGAAAAGAACCCAAAGAAAUACACAUUAAAGAUAGCAAUUUAGGACGAUUAAGUGAAUGCGAUUUGAAGGCGGUUUUUGUUUCUCGUAUUCUUUGUUUGUUCCGCUCGGUUGGAUUUGAUUAACAUUUCGAUUCUUUUAUUUUGUUUGAGAAGAGAAACUUAUAAUUUCAGCAUACAUUUUCCCGUUUACCGAAACAAAGUCAAGCAUGUGGAAGGCAUAACGAAACAAUUUGAUUGAAUUCUUGCCGUGUUUUUUUUUCGUCUCUGUUUCACAUAAUAGAAUAAAAAAUGUAAUGAAUGAAAUUUGGAAUGAUUUUCAAAGAAUUUAGCGAGAAAUUAAGCAAAUUCCCGACAAAUAAACAUUAAAAUAAGUAAUUCAUCGGGAAAAUUAAAACGCACCAAAGUGAAAACAAUGAGAAUGGAAUUUUUGUCUUGGUUUCUCUCUUCUCAAGCAUCAAUUGAUCUAUGUUUUGAAGAACCCCCACACCAAAUCAAUGAGUGAGAACGAAAUGAAGAAAACGAAAAAAAAACCAAGAAUAUUGUGGCCACAUUUAAUCCCACGAAACGGAAUACAGCAAAAUAUAAAAAAAUGGGAAUGAAUUUUCUCUUAAUAGAAGAAGUAAAAUCUACAGAUUAACCUGAAGUGGCGUCAUCAUCCACUGAAAAGAAUUUUAGACUUAAAUCGCAAAAUUAAAAGACAAUGAAAUUAAAAAUAGCAAGACGCUUCAGUAUCUAUUAGGCAGAAUAGCUGUAAGACAGACACGUGCGUGGGAAGAAGGUAUCAAAAAUAUCAUCAAUGAUAGCAAUGGCCGCAAAAAAAAGAAGACAUGUACUUUGGUGCUUCACGUAACAGAUGCAUGAAAAUAAAAACACUUGUCAAUACGACUGUCAUCAAUAUGCAUGAAUCUGCUGACGUUCGCUGAACAGGCAAUAUUCGUACUGCUUACAUAUGAUUACAAUUUUUUUGUUUUUGAACAUUGCAUUAUUGAUGAUGAUGUGUGUAUACAAAAUAUAAGCUUCUACUUAUAAUGCGACAAAAUGACAGCUUUGAAUAUAGAAUAUUAGACAAAUUUACGAAUUUCAACACACAUAAGAAUUGUUUCUUGCGUGAAAGAAGCCUUCUUCUCUCCCCCUCCGUCACCACCACACCUCCCAUCUCUCCCAACCAACAACGACAACAACAAUCAACAAACAAUCCCCCAUCAAGUCAAGAAUUUAAAAGCAAAAUAAACAUAUUUUUAUGGUAUUAUUGAGCCCGGUUAACGGUCACUCCCAGAACGAACGAACGAACACACAAAAAAAACACACACUCUUAGCAAACAAAAAUGAAAUUUAAUGAACGAACAUUGUGCGAAUGACAAUAUAUUUAAAAGAAAAAUAUGAAGAAGACAAAGAAUACACAUACAGAAAAUGUUGACGAUGAAUAUGAUAUAAUAUAUAGACAGAGGUAUUUAAAUAAAAUAAAAAAAAACUAUUUAUUGUUUGUUACAUAUGGAAAGUAAAGUAAUAUGGAAUGAAUUUAGUUGAGCCAGAAAUGUAGAGACAAGAUAUAUAUACAUUUAAAACUAUUUAUGACUAGGCGAAUAACAAUGGACAUUUAACAUAUAAACUAAAAAAUUUAGUUAAAAAAUUGUAAAAAAUAAAUGUGAAACGGUUGGGACGCAUCCAGAGCAACCACAAACACACUUACAACCGAAAUUGAUUUGUUAAAAAUUGCAAACGUGUGGUUUGUGUGAUUCGCACAGCAUAUUUUCUUUCUUCUUUAGUCUUUCUCGCCAGUCUCUCUGGUUUGCGUCCAAAUCAAAUGCAUUGCACAUAUAAAAACCUAUAGGAAGAGAAUUGUAACAAUGAAUCAAAUAAAUGAAUGAAUAUAUAUUAUAUAUAAUAGUAUAUUUUGCGAGUUGAAAACAGGCUUCUAUAUAUAUAUAUUUUGGUUGGAAUGUGAUAGGAAUUUAUUUUGAGCAAUACAUAAACAUAUAUCAAAUUGUAGAGUGUUGAGCCAUGCACUGUAUCAAAAUUUGUGGUAAAUAGAGUGUUACGAGCAUUUUCGUCAUGCCAUUACAUGCAUGGCUCAAUGUAGUAAGGACUCGAGGGCUUUGAUCUCGUAAAUAAGGAAUUCAAUACUGCUUUUCAAUGGGGAAUUUUGUCGGAAUAACAUUUCGAAGGCUAGUUCCAUAUGCUUUGGUAUUAUAUUCGGGGUUGUUUUUUGUUCGGAAGAGGCUAUUGAAGUCCUUUCCACCUGAUUGUGUUUGCGGAACCAUUUCAAUUUGCGUAACAAAAAUAUUUACUUUUCCGAAGCGAGAGUUACAUCAAACAUUUUGGUCGAUGAUACCAUAUGUUCGUGUGAAAGGACAUUUCUCGUGCAAUAAUUUGAUUGAAAUGAUGGACUUAAACCGAAAAACAACACACACACACAUACGGAAUCGGUUGAAAUAAAUGCAUCGAAACCAACGGCCCUAUUUUCAUCACUAUUUUGUUUGUGGUUUUCUUGUUGAUGUGAAAUUUUCGAUUCUUUUCCAAACUCACUUCGGCCCGGAGCUUGUGUUCGUGUUCAGAUUCGACCUCAAACUGAUUGCUGAGUCCGAGUGGUGAACUGUCCGAAAAUUUAAUCAUCGGCCCUGAAAACUUGCAACGACCACAACAUUUUGUUCACAUAAGCAAUAAAACUUUUUCAGUCAACUGAAUUGCAACUACUCAAAGCACAUAACUAGCAACUCGAAAUUACGACGAACCCUAAUCAAAUGAAACCAAACAGGAAACGAUAUUUUUUUGCGAGAAAAACAAAACUAAAUCUAGAAAUUAUAUAAGUGGUUGGCUAAAAAUUUAAGUCGAUGUGCACAAUUUUCAUAUUUUUUUUCGUUUCGGAUGAGAAAAUCAUACUUUCAGCUCAUGAACACAAGAAAUUUCAUUGAAAAAAACUGAAACCAUUCCGAUACUUAUUCAACACAUAAAAUAUAUAUAUUGACACACAAAAUUUACCCAGUUAUUAUACGGCUAAUAAAAAAUCGAAUAAAUGUGUAAGGCAUUCGAUAUGACUAGUCACAUCGAUCCAUCACACAUAUAUAAACACACACACCACACUCACAGCAAACACGCUAAAUAUGAUUAUGAGACAAAAAUCGAAUUUUAUGAUAUGUAAAUUGUGAACAUAACAACAACAAACAAAUGAAACAACUGGCCAAGUCUUUUGGUUGAAUAUUAAAAUGAAACU